AUGGGACUGGACGCUUUACCAAAAGAAUUAGUUGAUCAAAUCGCCAGAUUCUUGCUCCGACCGAGGGACGUCAACGCCCUGGCCAAGGUGAAUCAACGUUUCUUCGCCAUCCUCGACCCGAUUCUCUACAAACCGCUUUCCAACUAUGCCCUGGAAUGGGCCGUGGGGAAGAACAACGUCGAGACUGCAAGCAAAGCGCUGCAAUACGGAGCCCAACUCAACGCAAUUGAAAGGGGCAGGGACUGUCCCCUCAGAUACGCCGUGGCCCAGGGGCAUCUGCCCACUGUCAAGCUCCUACUCGACCAUGGCGCCACCAUUCGUGACCCAAUGAUCUUGGGAACAGCCGCUUUCCGCGGGUUUGACGAGAUAGCCGAGUUGCUCCUUGACCAUGGAGCAAGCCCAAAUAUGAGAUGUGAAGACAAGACCCCUCUUCUAUUCGCCGUGGAGAAGGGGAAUGAGAGCACCUUCACACUACUGUUGCAGCGAGGGGCCGAUAUUUUCGCCCACGAUGCCACCGGAUUGUCUGCUCUAUCUUACGCUGUUGAUGGCGGAUGCAUCAGGGUCUUGGCGAAGCUACUCGGCCCUGGGUUUGGCAAGUACCAGUCCCUUGGCGAUACGGGGGUUGCCCAGGUUCACGCCGCCCAGCUGGGCAGACUGGAUGCUGUCAAGCUGUUUAACAAACGAGGCGUCGACGUCAACUUGGCUGAUGGAAGCGGUCGGACAGCACUUUAUUGGGCCGCUGUCAAGGACCAUUGUGAGAUGGUGCCGUAUCUGCUGAAGCAGGGCGCGUCAUUGGAAAUCCGCGACGAUUGGGGCGACACUCCUGCAUUGCAUGCGGCCAUCAAGGGCAACACUUCCAUUGUCAAAAUAUUGCUCAACCACGGAGCAGAUUUAGAAGACGUGGAUGACAAUGGACGAACCAUGCUGUCUUGGGCGGCAGGCCAAGGCCAUGAGGAUACCACUCGACUCCUAUUGGACAGAGGUGCGAGCAUAGAGACAGUGGAUAAGGAACGGCGGACACCUCUGCUCUUGGCAGCUGAUACUAACCAUGUGAAAACUGUCGAGGUGCUCAUCGAUGCGGGCGCCAACGUGAACUGUACCGAUGGUAAAUCAUCGCCGUUGUCAAUUGCGGCAGGUCGUGGGAAUUCACAUAUAGUCAGGUUGCUCCUGAAAGCAGGCGCAUCUACCAAGUUCACCACGACGCAAAAGCAAACUCCCUUGAUCCUUGCAGCAAUGUCUCGAGGUACCUCCGCUGUCGAUACUGUCCGCGCUCUUCUCAAAAACGGGGCCAAUACGGAGGUCACAGACGAAGAUGGCAAGACGCCGCUGUUUUACACCUUGAGGGAAGACAAAGUGUUGCUUGACCUGCUCGUCUCGAGAGGAGCUAAGCUCGAUGCUAGAGACAACUUCGGACGAAAUCUGCUCAUGUAUGCAUCUAUCAACAGUCAUCGUGAGUAUAUAGAUACGUUGAUCGGGAUGGGCCUGAAAGCAAACGACCAAGAUGGAGACGGCAUGACGGCGCUGCAUCAUGCCGUGAUGUCCCAAGCGGCAGACUCGAUGCGGCCGCUGCUACAGAACGGUGCUGACCCUGAAAUUAGAGAUCAUAAGGGCUACUCGGUGUAUGAUUUGGCUAGAUCGAAAGGUAGCGAUGAUUUGCUGAUGGAGGCUGAGCGUGAACUGGAGUCGAGGAUUGUUUGA